UCUGGCCUCGAAGGGGCGGCCCCGCCGGCUAUAAGAAGAGGGCCCGCCGGAGGUGCCCGAGGAGCGGCGGAGCGGCGCGUGGCAGGAAUUCUGCUUCCAGUCCCCAAAGAUGGCUGCCGGACCAAAAGUAUUUAAGAAGACUUGUUCCAAUGAGAAGUUAUCCAUCUACCUGGGAAAGCGAGACUUUGUGGAUCAUGUGGAAUCUGUGGAACCUGUCGAUGGAGUGGUUUUGCUGGACCCGGAAACUGUGAAUAACAGGAAAGUCUAUGUGACCCUCACAUGCGCGUUCCGGUACGGUCGAGAUGACCUGGAUGUCAUUGGGUUGACCUUCAGGAAAGAUCUCUAUCUCCUCAAAACUCAGCUUUACCCACCAGUGCCGGACCAGGUUCCGAAGACCCUCACACCCUUACAGGACAAGUUGAUCAAGAAGUUGGGAGAACAUGCUUACCCUUUCACCUUUGAGAUGGCGACCAACCUGCCCUGUUCAAUCACGCUGCAGCCGGGACCAGAUGAUGCUGGAAAGUCCUGCGGUGUGGACUUUGAGGUGAAAGCAUUUUGUGCUCAAGACGUGGAAGAGAAAAUUCAUAAGAAGAACUCGGUGCGGCUGGUGAUCCGGAAGGUGCAGUUUGCCCCCUCCCUCACGGGCCUCGCACCCAAAAUUCAAAUAAACAGGCAGUUCAUGAUGUCAGACAAGCCCCUGCACCUCGAGGCUUCUAUGGAUAAGGAGAUUUAUUACCAUGGGGACCCAAUUGGAAUUAAUGUGGACAUAAACAAUACCACCAGCAAGAUUGUAAAGAAAAUUAAAAUAACAGUCGAACAGCUGACUGACGUGGUUCUCUUUUCUCUGGAUAACUACACCAAGACGGUCUGCUCAGAGGAGUUUGUGGAGAACGUGGCUGCAAACUCCACUUUCUCCAAAACAUUUGAGGUGACUCCCCUGUUGAGCAAGAAUCGCGAGAAGCGUGGCUUGGCUCUGGAUGGCAAACUCAAGCAUGGGGACACCAACCUGGCUUCCACCACCAUUCUGAGGCCUGGGAUGGACAAAGAGGUUCUGGGCAUCCUGGUUUCCUACAAAGUGAAAGUCACCUUGGUGGUAUCGAGAGGAGGCAUCCUGGGAGACCUCACCUCAAGUGACGUCUCGGUUGAGAUGCCGGUUAUUCUGAUGCAUCCUAAGCCCCCCGAAACAAUAUCCAGUGAUGACAUUAUGGUUGAGGACUUCGCCCGCCAGAAACUUGGAGGAGAAGGGGAAAGUGAGGACGAGCAGGAGGAAGGAGGAGAAAAAAGCUAAUGCUCAACUAUCUUCAGCGGGGGCUACUCAAGAGUUUCAAAGCCGAGAUCAUUUAGGGCAUUUCCAUGAGUUCCGUGCAUUUACCUUAAUAUUUCAGUGUUGUAUUUGUAACGUGAUAAUUUCUCGUAAGCUUAUUUUUUUCUCUGUCUUUAAUGCAUUUUGCAAAAGAUUCCCAGUACUGUGAAGCUUUCCCCCCAAGCAUGAAAGCGAAGGGAAUGCCAGCCGUGCCCCAGAUGGCUCCUCCACCUCUUCAUUUUGCCUGGUUUCUUUUCCCCAAGCCUGGCCUUCCAACUGCUGGGCCCUUCCUGGUCCAAUGUGCCCCCCCCACAAUCGACUCUUCCCCCAGCGGAUUCUGAUCGUUUUAGUAUGAUGGGAGUGGACCUGAAAACCCUUUCCUAAGAAUUAUUGGCAUUAUGGGAAAAAGCUGAUUAUCCAGAUACCCUGUGAUCGUGUGAAUAAAUGUUAUAUUCUAUCAAAAUA